AUGGAGAUUAUUCAAAAAAGACGACGGUGACGGAGAGUCAACUCUCCUCCUAUCCCCAAACCCCCCUGCGAUGGCUUUCAUCUCCACAAAACCCUAGCUUCCGAUCUAGGGCGACGAUUAAGAUUAGGGUUUCGAUUUGCUCUCCUCCCUCCCAAAAGAUCUCGAUCCAAACUCCAAUCCCCUGCUCAGAAUUCCACUUCCCGCUCUCCCCUCCUCCCAGAAUUCCAAUUCCUUAUGAUCUCAAUAAGCUCAGGAAGCUAGGGUUAGGAUUGGGAUUUCGAUCUUUUCCCUCUCCCGUCCCGAGAAGAUGGUUGGAUCUCGAAGACACCUUCCAGGGUUCCAAUUUCUUCUCCUGCUCCCAUUCCUGGCAUCAUUUCUUCUCCAAUUGGAGUCCAAAUGCCAGAAUGGUUGUGACCUUGCCCUUGGCUCCUAUUAUGUCUCCCCUAAUUACAACCUGAGCUACAUCGCCGGCUUCUUCAACCUCAGCGACACCGACGUCCUCCGGUACAACCCCAGCAUCCCCAACACGCAAUACAUCCAGGCUGGAUCCCGCGCCAAUGUCUCCUUCCCCUGCGACUGCAUCAACAGCGACUUCCUCGGCCACGUCUUCUCCUAUGUUACUCUCCCCAACGACACCUACCGAAAGAUUGCCACCGACUACUACGCCAACCUCACCACAGCCGCCUGGCUCGCCAAGUUCAACAGCUAUAACUCCACUCAGAUCCCUGAUGGAGCCACGAUUAAUGUCACUGUGAACUGCUCGUGUGGGAAUGAAUCCGUGUCGCGUGACUAUGGGUUAUUCGAGACAUAUCCGCUCCGACCCGGGGAGAACCUCUCCACAGUGGCUGCACAGUUUGAGUUGUCAUCAAAAGAGGAUUUGCUGCGGGAGUAUAAUCCUGGAGUGAAUUUCAGUGCAGGAGAGGGGAUUGUGUUUAUACCGACGAAAGAUCCAAACGGAAGUUAUCGCCCCUUUCUGUCAAGUACAGGUAUUUCACGGGCAGCUAUUGCUGGUAUUUCUAUAGCUGUAAUAGUUCUACUAGUAUUAGCCAUCUGUUUGUAUGUUGGGGUUUAUAGGAGAAGGAAGGCAAAGAGGGUCGCACUGCUUCCAUCACUAUCUGAAGGUGCAGUUUCUUUGUAUAACUCUCCAGCAGAUACUCCUAGAACUGGCACCCAACCGGCAGGUAUUACUGUUGACAAAUCAGUGGAGUUCUCUUAUGAAGAACUUGCAAAGGCUACAGAUGACUUUAGCAUGGCUAAUAAAAUUGGUGAAGGUGGUUUUGGAGCUGUUUAUUAUGCUGAGCUUAGAGGAGAGAAAGCUGCUAUCAAAAAGAUGGACAUGCAAGCAACUCAAGAAUUUCUUGCUGAACUGAAAGUUUUAACACAUGUUCAUCACUUGAAUCUGGUGCGCUUAAUAGGUUAUUGUAUUGAAGGCUCUUUAUUCCUGGUAUACGAAUUUAUUGAAAAUGGUAACUUAAGCCAACAUUUGCGUGGGUCAGCUAGGGAUCCUCUACCAUGGGCCGCCAGAGUGCAGAUUGCCCUUGAUUCAGCAAGAGGUCUUGAGUAUAUUCAUGAGCAUACAGUUCCGGUAUACAUACAUCGGGAUAUCAAAUCAGCAAACAUCUUGAUAGAUAAGAAUUUCCAUGGAAAGGUUGCAGAUUUUGGUUUGACAAAACUUACUGAAUUCGGAAGUACGUCACUUCCAACUCGGCUUGUUGGUACAUUUGGUUACAUGCCUCCAGAGUAUGCUCAAUACGGUGAUGUUUCUCCUAAGGUGGAUGUUUUUGCUUUCGGUGUUGUCCUUUAUGAACUUAUUUCUGCCAAGGAAGCAAUUGUCAAGACAAAUGAAUUCGUUACCGAAUCGAAGGGAUUGGUUGCUCUGUUUGAGGAUGCUCUUGAUCAACCUGAUCCUAAGGAAGAUCUCCGAAAACUUAUUGAUCCGAAACUUGGUGAGAGCUACCCAAUUGACUCAGUCCUCAAGAUGGCCCAGCUUGCAAGGGCUUGCACGCAAGCGAAUCCCCAGCUGAGGCCGAGCAUGAGAUCUAUUGUUGUUGCAUUGAUGACCCUAUCUUCCACUGCCGAAGACUGGGACAUGGGCUCCUUUUAUGACGACCAAGCUCUAGUCAAUCUCAUGGCUGGAAGAUAGUUGGCUCGCCAUCUUCCUUUUGUUUAUAGUGGCAUCUUUAAAUGUGUGUAAGCUAUUGUAAGUAGCAUCUACCACAAGUCAAUAAACAAGUGUACAUCUCUCAUGUUUCAAUAGUAAAACUUUUGAGUCAAGAUUUGUAUAAAUUAUUUUUUUUCAGAAGACCCUAGUCCGCAUGCAGAACGAGUUGUAUUUAUGAGACGAGCAUAAUAAUAUUGGCAUUUUUGUGUCAUGCAAAUAAAAUUUACUAUGAAUA